AUGGCAACAGCUGCCAGCAGCAACAAGGCUGGGCCCCGCCCUCAGCCAGCUCAGGGUUCAGUGUCGCAGGCGCGGGGCGUCUUCGAUUUUCGACCUCAAGAGAUGGGGCACGAAGGCAGCCAGCAGAGAAAGCAAAGAAGCAACAGCCGCCGACCCCAGGAACAAGAUUAUGCUGGCAGCUAUGGAUCAGAGCCUCCCAGCAAGAGACUCAAGACGACGAAUGAUCCGAACAGCUCUAGACGUCAGAGAAACUUGAAAAACCUGACGAUGCUCAACCGUUUAGAGUCAAAUAUAGGGCGGCUAGAGGCUCGCUUACAAGAACUGGGGUUCGACCUGGGCAGCGAGAGAAGAGCACAGGCUUUGCCGCAGCCGGUGAUGCACGACAACUCACGUUCAUCUCCAUCACCCUGCUCUUCCGAUCCAGACAAUAUUAUGGAAGAGAGUUCCUGGCGUCGUGAACCAUGUCCCGAUGGUAGCUAUGACGACUCAGCGCCACGCACUGCCGCGUUUCCAGCUAUAGAUCGAGAACGCGACGUGCCAUUUACUCCUGCAGCGAAUGAAGGAGGCUUUCCCAACGACUUCGGAGGCCUUCUCAUUCCAAGGUGCAUAAUAGACAGCCCGACGUCGCGGGACAUCCCGAUCCUUUCGCAUGAAGGCCUGGAGUGGAUGAGCCGAAAGGCUGGCAUAAACCCUAGGCUGUCAUCCGAAACUCGAAGCGAUACGCCCCUGUUCGGAUUGUCGGAGGAUGACUUUCCAAAGAAGGCGUUCUGCCCGCUGCCGUCGAAAGAAGAGGCUUCCUCGCUCUUGUAUGAGUACUUACAGAACUUCAACUGCCUGUGUCCUCUAUUUGAGCAAGCAAAGCUUAUUUCUCUCAUAAAUGAAGAGAAUCUGGACAGCGCAUUGCGGACUCCUUCUUGCUGGGCCAGUGCCAAUGUUGUGUUCGCGUUAGGAAUCGCAUUCAGGAUCAAGAACAAGAGCGUUGCUCACUCCGAGCACCAAAGAAGUUGGCUCUUCAUCAAAAAUGCGUUUGGCACCUUCCAUGACCUUUGUCUCGGCCAGCCAGAUCUGUGGUCUAUUCAAGCACUUCUAGGGAUGUCGAUUUUCUUCCUAGGAACGAUGUCUGCUGAGCCUUGCUGUUUCCUUACUGCUGCAGCCAUACGCAUGAGCGAACAAAUCGGGCUUGGAAGACUGAAGGAAGACGUUUCACUUUCUUCCGAAGAGAAAGAACACCGAAGAAGGAUAUUUUGGAUCGCGUACUGCCUAGAUAGAGAGAUCUCCCUUCGCUUUGGUAAGCCUCCCACGCAAAGUGACGAGGACAUAAGCAUUGGUCUACCUACAGAGCCGCCAAAGGACAGUGUCCGAAUCGCGCCGUCAACGUACAGGUAUGGUGACUUCGAUGCUUUCAGAGCACACUGUCAACUUGCAACCAUUAAAAGUCAACUUUACAAAGACCUAUACUCCGCUGCAGCAAAGGAUAGACCGCUGUCUGAGAUAAUGGCCUCCGUUGGAACGUUGGAUGGAAUGCUUCAAAGCUGGAAAGAAGACCUGCCUUCCGAAUGCCAACCAGAACCACAUAAGGUAUCUAGUUUCACGAAGACUUCGAUAUCGGUCAUGCUAUUCUACCUGCACUGCUCCUAUUUCAAUUGCAUAAUUGCGAUGCAUCGAUUGAUUGUGAGCCGGGGACUUCAGACAUCUGGAGAUCUUCUCAGACAGUACGCAGACCUCAGAGGUUCGGCUCCCCCGCCAUACAACACAAGAGUAUUCGACUCUGAAUCUAUAUGCGCCAACGCCGCGCGGGCCUCAAUCAGGCUGAUGAAAUAUUUGCCGGAAGGCCAUAUAUCCCUCGUCGGAAUUAUGAUCCACUACCCCAUUGUUGCGCUAACAACGCUUUCGUCAACUAUCAUUCGCAAUCCCCUGGAAGCCUCCCGACUAGCCGAUUUGAGACUCAUGGAUCAGGUCGAAACAUAUUUGGCUUCACUUGUUGUGAGCAUACCGAAUCAGGUAAUCAGUCGGCUGAGAACGUAUUGCGCGAAUUAUCGAGCUGCUGCGAGUGCCGCAAUCCAGAAGACUAUGCCAUUCCGCGGUGGUUGA